UGGAGCUUCCCCGGCGCCGCUGUCCGUCUUGCCCGCCCCGCUCCUCCCUCUCGCUCCCCCGGCCCCCCUCGCCCCUCAGAAGCGGCGACGACAGCGCCGGGCCAUGGCCGAGUGGAGCCCCGCCCAGGUGAGCGAGGGACCUGGAAUUGGGGGGGGGGGAGGUGACGGUUGGGCGGAGGGGGGGAGAUGAAGUUGGGGGGGCUCCCAAAAUGGAGUCUGCUGCUGAGGGAGGUUGUCAUGGGUGGUGAAGGGGGGGGAAUGGAUGCCGUGGGGAGGGCCUGCGGAGGGACCCCUUCCUUUGGAGGACCCCCCCUUGGCUGGAGGGGGGGCUCUUGUGGCUGCUGCAGUUGUGGGUCCGGGGGGCGGCGGUGUUUUUGUGGUGUGGGGAGGGGGAGGCAAAGUGCUGUCAGGGGCUGAGGAUGCUGAAGAUGGAGAGGGGGGAGAGGAAGACACGUACAUGUCAAAAACCGCCUCCUGGAGAUGCAGCUUAGGCCCCCAAAACGGGUGUGAGAUGUAGGGGGGCGAAGGGGGGGGCGAAGGGGCAGAGGCUGCCAGGAGAUAAUGCUCAGGGAGAGAGAUGAGAACAUGUGAGAAGCGCCUUCUGGACCUGCAGCUUAGACCCACAUAAUGGCUGUGAGAUGAAGGAGUUGGGGUUUUUUUGGGGGGGUGCUUUUUUGGGGAGGGGGGAAGGGGCAAAGGCUGCCAGGAGAUGAUGCUGAUGCUCAGAGAGAGAGAGAGAGAGAGAUGAGAAGAUACCCAUGUCAGAAUCAACUCCUGGACCUGCAGCUUAGGCCCCCAAAACGGGUGUGAGAUGGAGGGUUUUUUGGGGGGGGUUCUUUUGGGGGGAAGGGAAGGGGCAAAGGCUGCCAGGAGAUGAGGGUGAUGCUCAGUGAGAGAGAUGAAAACAUACACAUGUCAGAAUCAACUCCUGGACCUGCAGCUUAGGCCCUCAAAACGGGUGAGAGAUGGAGGGGUGGUUUUUUUUUGGGGGGUGCUUUUUUGGGGAGGGGGGAAGGGGCAGAGGCUGCCAGGAGAUGAUGCUGAUGCUCAGAGAGAGAGAGAUGAGAAGAUACCCGUGUCAGAAUCAACUCCUGGACCUGCAUCUUAGGCCCCCAAAACGGGUGUGAGAUGGAGGGGUGGUUGUUUUUUUUGGGGGGGGGGGGAUUGGGAGGGAAGGGGCAAAGGCUGCCCAGAAAUGAGGGUGAUGCUCAGGGAGAGAGAUGCACACACACAUAUGUCAAAACCGCCCCCUGGAGCUGCAGAUCAGGCCCCAAAACAGUUUUGGGGUGCAGUUUUUUUUAAAGGGAGGUUCAUUUGGGGAGGAUCUGAGAGGGGAGAAGUAAAGGCUGUCAGGAGAUGGUGGUGAUGCUGGAGAGAGAGGGAAACAAAUACAUGUCAAAGCUACCUUCUGAAGCUAUGGAUCAGCUCCCAAAAUGGAUGUGGGGGAGUUUUUCUAUGGGGGUUAAUUUUGGGGGGCUGGAUCUGAGAGGGGAGAAGCAAAUGCUGCCAGGAUAUGAUGAUGCUGGAGAGGGAGGAAAACAAAUAUAUGUUACAACUACCUCCUGAAGCUAAGGAUUAGGCCCCAAAACGGAUGUGUAGUUUAUUUUGGGCAGGGGGUUGUUGACAGGGACAGCAGCAACGGAGGCUAACUUUUCCUCUCCCGCUUAGGAAAACAGGUGCCCCAGAUCUGAUAGGGACUCCUCCGUGGAGGAAGUGUCUUGCAUCCCUAGGGCUGAGGCAGUUAAUUCCUCCCAUCAAUGAAAGCAAAUCAGGUAGCUGUCAUCUCUUCCCCUGCGUUAACCCAUCCCCAAAUUGUUUCUGGCCUCUGCAAAUAGGGCUCUUGCUGCCUUUUGGAGAGAGGCUUUCAGGGCAGAGAGAGGCAGGAGCACGGAGCCCAAUUUAGCAUGGAAGGGGUGCUGUGUUUAUUAUGCAGCCUGCCUGCCCCCGACCCCCCCCCCCAUGGAAAGAGGGAGAGGGGCGGUUUUUAAGGACAGAUAGUUGUGAUGCUAGUUAAUUUUCAGCUAGGACCUUGUUAUGGAGCUUUGGAGGGUAGAAUGGACCCAGGAGUUGCAGCAAGGAUCAGGGUGAAUUAUGUUUGCUCCGUCUUCUUUUUUAAUAAUAUAUUUUUAAUUAAGAACAACAAGAAACAAUACAAAAAAAAGAGGUAUUUGUACAAAGCAAAAUACAGUAUACGUAUAUGGCAGUGUGUUAAGAAAUAACGAAGGAAGAAGAUGAAUGAGUUACAAGGGGUAUAUUUUGAUUCUUAACAUUUCUUCCACAAGUUCAUUGUUUCAUAACUGAGAGCUCCGAGAUAAUCUCCCAUUCAGGCAGUGCUUAGAGGUGGCUCUGUUUCGCAUCUGCAAGGUUGCUGCAUCAUGUGCCUUCAAUCCAUGCCCUAGAGCCUAAAGAUGUGGUGAUGCUGUCAUCGAGGAAUAACUGAUGCGUUCCUUUGCUCCUAGCAUAAAGGCGUGAUUCAUAGUGCUGCAAGUCUGCACAGGUGGUUCAGUCCCAAGUCUUGCGCACAUUCAAAGGUCUCUGGAAAUGGUUUCAUGUUCCUUAAUUACAAGGUUUUUUGGCAGCAGAGAUUUGGACUGCAUUGUUUAAAGUGUUGUUGCUGUUAUAUUUAUUUAUAUCCCUCCUUUUCCCCAGACCAGAACAACACAGAAAUUAAAAAAGUGAAAAACAUAUAACAGAUAAAACCGUCGUCUCUUGGUUUUCGAACAGCUUAGUUCUCGAACGUUUUGGCUCCUGAAUGCUGCAAACCUGGAAGUGACUGUUCCGGUUUGUGAACUAUUUUUGGAAGCUGAACAUCCGACGGAGCUUCCGCGGCUUCCGAUUUUCUGCAGGAGCUUCCUGCAGCCAAUCGGAAGCUGCGCUUUGGUUUUGGAAGUUGAACAGACUUCCGGAACGGAUUCUGUUCGACUUCCAAGGUAUGACUGUAAUUUAAAAGUAAUAGAAAAGCAAUAUAAAAAAGUCCAGAUAAUAAAGAGGAACAUCACUAUUAAAAGCCAUUUCCUUGUUUAAAAAAACAACAACAGUUCCCAGAAGCCGGUCGGAAUAAAACAGUCUUCACCUUCUGGUGAAGGGAGGGAACCGGUCUUCCUUCUUUAGGAAGGGAGUUCCAAAGCCUGGGAGCAGCCACUGAGAAGGCCCUUUUCCAGUACUGAGAAAAGGGCCUCCCCACAAAGAUCUCAAAGCCUGGGCACGUUCAUACAGGAGAAUACUAUCUUUCAGAUGGACUAAACUGUAAAAUAUCACAGAAGAAAGCUUGUCAAGUCUUCCCCUGUAAUCUUGGGGGGGGUGGAGGUGGUGGUGUGUGUUCUGAUCCUAGAAAUUCAUACGCCAUCGUCACCCACAUGAACCAGCCCAUAUCUCAAGAUCAGCUUUGGAGACCCUGCUUGUCUGCCCCUAACUAGGGCCUUCUCGGUAGUGGUCCCUGGGUCUCCUUCCACAGCAGAUGGAUGGAUGCAUGAUCAGAGAUAACCUUUCAAAAAAAGCUUGGAGGACCCAGUUGGCUUCUAUCUAGGAUGAUCUUUAUGUCUUUGUUGUUUUAGAAUCUGUUGGUUUUAAAUGGUUUGACUAUUUUAUGCUGGGUUGAAUACAUACUUUUUAUAUUUGCGGUGAUUGCUGCUUUGCUGUGAAAUCUGUAUUUGUUUUUUUAAUUUUGUAAUCCACCCAGAGAGGACUCUGUCCUGUAGAAUUCUUAUAAACCUUUUUUAAAAAAGAACAAAAUGCUGCUUAUUUUCCAAAGACAUUUUGGGAAUUGCUUGUGCAAUGGACCCUCUUGCCCUAGUGACUUGCUCGCUUCCUGAUAUUGGUGGGGCCUACUUUUUUCCUUUGCCAUUUCUCGCUUGCUGAGACAAGGUGGUCCCACAAGGUCCUUCCUUUGCUCUUAAGCAAGAGAGCAUCCCUCAGUAAUUUGAUACAGAUCACUUAUUUUGCUCGUUUUACUAAAACAUUUUUUGCCUGCCUUUGAUUUAAGGUCUCUAAGGCAGCUUGCACAGUAAGCAACGGCAACAGAACCCACCACAAAUCAUGGAUAAACCAUCCAAACUUAAGAGAGCCAGUGUUGUGUCGUGGUUUAAGUGUCGAACUAGGAUCUGGGAAGAGACCAGGGUUCGAAUCCCCACUUGACCAUGAAGCCCACUGGGGACCUUGGGGACCAGUCACUGCCCCUCAGCCUAACCUACCGCACAGGGCUGUUGUGGGGAUUAAAUGGAGGGGGUAGGUAAAACUAUGUAUGCCACCUUGAGCUUCUUGGGGGAAAAGAUGGGGUAUAAAUCAAUCAAUCAAUCAGUAAAAGAAGUACAGCGAACAAUAGAUUUAAUGGAAACAGCAUCCAGUUAUCAUGCAACACUGGCAAAGCAUCCCAAAUCCCUUUGAGGACCACCUUGGCCUCGCCUCUAGCGGUCAAGAAGGAAGGAGUGAGGCAAACAUCUUUAGGGAUAGAGUGCCACAUUUUUAGUGCCACCGCAGAGAUCUUGUGUUACCCACCCACUGUACUUCAGACUUUCAGAAGAGGAGCUGACACUGUGGCAGGCCUCUGUGGGAGCAGGCAGUGCUUGAGAUGUCCUGGGCAUGUUAAGAACUUUCAAGGUCCAAACCAGCGCUUUAAAUUGGGCCUGGGAACCAGCUGGGAACCAGUGAAGUGGUUGGCUUCUUCCAUUCAAUCCCUGAGCUGCUGCACCCUGGACUGCAUUGCAGUACCCAAGCCAAGCUUUCCUCAAGCUUUGAAUUGUCCAUUCUCACCAGCUCCAGUCAGCAUGGCCAGUGGACCAGUGAUAGCGAAAAGGCUAGCCCCCCCCCCCCAAACAAAAACCCUGUAGGGCACUAAGUCUAGUCUGUACACAAGUAAGGCAUGACUCAUUCUGGCUGGGUCAUAAAUCUUCCAUAUCUGUGAAUUGAUCCUCCCUAAGUGCUCUUUCUUUGUAAAUUUAAUAUACCUCAUUGGACCAUGGGGAUUCGUGGGGGUGGGGGCAGGGGCUAGAAGAGGAGACAUCAAAGGCUUGGCCCAAAAUUGAAGUCAGCUUGUGGCUUGGUGAGUCACCUUCAUUAGAUGGGAUUCCCCCUAAAGCAAUGCCAUUGAAGGCCUGUCCCAGCUUUCCAUGAGAGCUUUUACAAAGGAGCUGCUGGGGUUCUGCUCUUGGAAAAAGAGGUGCCUGCACUUACAGUUGCAUUUAUACUCUUGGCAAACCUCUCAUCCUGCAGUACAGAGUUCCACAGAUCGCCCGAGUGCUGUGUUACACUCCCUUUUGGAAGAGGGUUUAUGAACUGAUCAUGUGCAAAUUCAGCUAUCACACGGCAAGCUGAACUGCUGUGUCCUAAAUGAUUGGUGCUGCAAUAAAGGUCUUGUAGGUUUCCAUAAAUUGCCGUUGUCUUUCUAAAGGGAGGCACCUUGUCUUGCAAAAUUUGCACAUGGAAGCCAUCCCUUCAUCUCUGUUGCUUUUGCCUUCCUUUGAACUUUGUUCUGCCUUGUACUCUUGGAAGCAAGAUGUCCGCAAAUGUUCUCUGUACUCCUUGAGGAGGUGAACUGCAUCUGGAUGCAGAAUGUUCUGUCUCUUAUUCUCCUCCACGAUGAACCUCAGCGCUGUUUGUCCUUUUCAUGCUGCCUUUUCCAGUGCACAGAGCUGUUCCAGGCCCACUGCAGCUUCAAAGGUUUCCUCCUGGAGCUGCAAUAGGUAGUAGCUUAAUGAAGCAUUCCGGUUGGUGGCUGAUAGAAAGGACUUGUGAAUGAAUGAUCAACUAGAUACAGUAGUGGCAGGAUCAUUGGCUUAAGCUGGGGAUGGGAAAGCUUUGGUCUACAAAGCCAUUUCCCCUAAACCGUGGUCUGUCCUGCUCACCUGUCCAAGUUGUCCCAUCUGAGGAGGGAGGAUCUGGCCAGAUCCAGUGCCCCACCCCUGGUGUAAACCCAGAGCUGUCCCAGUCCCACAAAAAGCAAGUGCUGAUUGUAGAAAAGACACAUGUAAACCUGAACCAAGCGUCAUACGAAUGCUAAGGAUACGGAGAAGUAAAUAUUAUUAAUAAUUGUACGGUUAGGAAUAUCGCAUGGUUAGAGAAGGGCUGGUGUUUAAGCAGAGAAAUGCAGCAUAACUGAUGAGUGAAGAAUUUAUUAGAGAUGGAGCAGUGGUCAGCAGCUCUGAAACUUGUAAGCCACCUGGAAAAGGACCCAGGUCAUUUCUUGUUUCCGUAUAACACAGAGUGUACUACUCAGACCAGGUAAUAGCAGCCAUGGUUUCUCUCCCAUAAGGAUCCCUCUCCAUUGGUCUCCGCCUGCAGUACACAGUUCAUUGGUUGUUUCGUUGCUCGGUGACUGCUGGCAUUUUGACUAUUUGGCAUCUGGUGCAGAAUUCAUUCUCCCAGGUUCCCAAUCCUCAUGCUUUUGGGAUAAAAUGAAGAUGAUGAACUGAAGGCAAUUAGAUGCCAAAGGUGGGCAAGGAAAGCCUUCCUGAACUCGUGUGUGGUCAGUGGCCAGCAGGUCCCUCCUGAUUGUCCACCAGGAGUGGAAGUAUGCAGAAUAUGCAAAUGCGUCCACUUUCUGACCUGUUUUUGGCACAGAACUUCCCUCAUCCUUCUUCAUUUUAAGUUUCGGCUAACUGUUCCUAGACGUCCUUCCUCAAGAGGAACAGCCAGAGACAGUGGCUGCAGAACGUUGCUCUGUUCCAGACCACCCAGGAAUGUAAUGUUGUUUGCAUGUCUUCCCCCCUCCAAUAGGCUCUUCAGUGGGAGGUGGAGCCCCAGCCCAUGGCUGCUGCCCAGCCCCUCAGCACCCCCGAGCAGACGCCCAUGGGGGACGUGCUCCCCGAAGCGGCUGAGCUCUCCCUGACGGUCGUGGCUGAAAUCCAAGCGGUGGAGAGCAAAGUGGACUCUUACGCAGCGCAGCUCAUGAGCCUGGAGGGGAGGAUGGGGAUGGCUGAGACGAAGCUGGACGGCUGCGAAAAGACCGCCGUCGAAUUCGGGAACCAGCUGGAGAGCAAGUGGGCUGCCCUGGGGACCCUCAUUCAAGAGUACGGGCAGCUCCAGAGGAGGCUGGAGAACAUGGAGAACCUGCUCAAGAACCGCAACUUCUGGAUCCUCCGCCUGCCCCCAGGAUCCAGGGGGGAAACCCCCAAGGUAAGCAGGGUGGGCAGGGUUAGGGGCUGUGCCUGGCCAUAUAAGAGAGGUGGGAUUUCUCAUAUCCACAAAUUACUGCUUUGCAGGCAGUUUUCUAGCAAUCCUUGCUAUCUGUAGGAUGGGGUGGUUUUCUCCCUCCCUCCUAACACCGGAACUCUCUUGGGCAUUCAAUGAAGCUGUAGCAUUCGUGCGCAGUCCCCCACCUCCCCAACCUGCCCUCCAAGUCCGGCAAGACCCGGCUGAGAGAGAGAGGAGUGCGCAGAAGCUUUUUCAGAACACACAUAAAAAACAGAAACAGUAGUAUGCUGCCACCACUUCCUUAUCUCAGAACAGCCCCGAAAAGUAACCUAAGGAAGGAGAUUCCUCUUCAGCGUUACCGGGCUGCCCCACCCUGUGUCACUUUACCGUGGCACAGACAGAAAUCCAACAGGUCUGGUAGGCGACUAAGUGGUCAGGUACUGGUUUAGCUUCCCCGGCAGAAAGGCACAAAAGACAAAAACAGGAAAAGGUCCUUUUUCCAGGAUUUAUUAAAAAACAAGAUUAUUCAAACAUAAAAGUUGGCACAUCUCUUACAAAAAAUAAAAACAUUGCUUAAUAUCACUUGCUACAAAACAUACUCACAACGAAAACGAAAGUGUGAAACAGAACAGUUCAAAACACCCUCCCGGCAUCAGGGCAAGCCCUCUCUGCAUGACGAUGGUCUCAAAGUAGGUUAGGUGAGGCGGGCUGCCACUUGGCAAGAUGGGCUGCGAAUUGCAGGUGGGUUUCCUAAGGUUUUACCCCUUUGAACCCUGUGGAUUCAAAACUCAAAAGUCAAUCAGUUCUUUAGAUUAAUUAGCAAUUCACCAGUGGUUAGAUAGAAGAACAAUAACUCAGCGCAACAGCUGAAUCCUGUUUAUCAAAAGGCCUUGAAAAUUAGAAGCAUUCCUAGAGCCAGAACAAAUUCUUUGAGUUGUGAGUUGGCUUGAUGACCCGGUUCACACAGAAACAGCAUCUAAGAUAGCCAGGUGUCAAGACUACAAAUCAGCUAGGAACCUCCUUCCUGCAGAUGGAAAAGAUAACUUAUUCACAUUCUUUGAGACAGAAAGUCUGCAACUAAAGAAGCAGAUACACAUUCCCAGAAUUCUCCAGUGUUUGGCUCUCCCACAAUGCUCUUCCUUGGCAUGAGCCAAAGUUUUAACUUGCUAAGAUUUCCCAACAUCACUACAGAAGCUGAAUGUGGGAAGAUUCAGAUAAAAGAAAGUCAUUCACACAGCACGUAUUUAAACUAUGGGACUCCUUCCCGUAGGAGGCAGUGAUGGCCCCAACUUGGAUGGCUUUAGAAGACAGAUUUAUAGAGGAGGAGGCGCCACAAUUUGAGGCAGCAGUGUUUCUGAAGACCAGUUCCUAGAAACCACAGGAAGAGAGAGUUUCCCACAGGCAGCUAGUUGGCCAACGUGAGAACAGAGUGCUGGGCCAGGUGUUUGAAUGUUUUGUUUUAAAAUGGGGGUUCUCCUUACAGUAUCACUUCCUGGGUUAACGUAGUUCCUUGCAGGUGCAAAAUGGCAGUAAAAGCAGCAACACGAGAAGUUUGAACUCAAAAUAAUCAGUUAACAGCUUCUGAGAAGAAGAAAAAACUGUUUUCAACUGGCAUCAAAAAGUCAGUAGAAUUGACGCCAGCUGACUUGGAAGAAGACAAAGGAAGGAAGUGUUGAAGGAGUCAGGGGUGGUUGGGGAAAAGCUACCUCCAGGCUUGAUUAUUGUAACUCGCUCUACGCAGGGCUGCCCCUGAAGCUGACCCAGAAACUCCAGUGGAUGCAGAAUGCUCCUUACGGGGUCCUUGCCAUGGGAUCACAUUCAUCCAGUGCUUUACCAACUGCACUGGCUCCCAGUGGAGUACAGGGUCAGGUUUAAGGUGCUUGUUUUGACCUUUAAAGCCCUAUGUGGCCUAGGACCCACAUACCUACGGGACUGCCUCUCCUGGUAUGCCCCGCAGAGGACUUACUUUAAGGUCCACAAAUAACAACAUUGUGGUGGUCCCGAGCCUCAAGGAGGUUAGAUUGGUCUCAACUAGGGCCAGGGCCUUUUCAGCACUGGCCCCGACGUGGUGGAACGCUCUGUCACAAGAGACUAGGGCCCUGCAGGACUUGACAUCUUUCCGCAGGGCCUGCAAGACAGCUGUUCUGCCUGGCUUUUGGUCUGGACUCGGUCUGACCCUUAUGUUUCCCUCCCCUUAGGGUCUUGAUUUAUCAGCUAUUUUAAAAUGAGGCUGCAUUUUAAAUUGCAUUUUAACCUGUAUUUUAAAUUGGGUCCCCUCCCUCUCUUUCCCCCCUAUUAUGUUUUUACUGUGAUUUUAUUUUAUUGGUGUUAGCCGCCCUGAGCCCGUCUCUGGCAGUGGAGGGCGGGGUAUAAAUAACAAUUUAUUAUUAUUAUUAUUAUUAUUAUUAUUAUUAUUAUUAUCAUCUGUAAUUUCAGUUGCCCAUAAAAUGUGUAAAAAUGGUUGGAAGCUAAAUAUAUGACCAGGUUCUGAGAUUUACAUCAGGGGACCUGGCAGAGGAUUAGAAACACAGGAAACUGCCUUAUACCAAGUUAGUCCGUUGGUCUAUCUAGCUCAGUACUGUCUGCACUGACAGGCAGCGGCUCUCUAUGGUUUCAGGGAAGGACUGAACCCGGGAUGUUUUUGCAUUCACGGCAGCUGCUCCACCUAAGAGGAAGUGACUUCUCCCUCUCUUUGACGCGGUUGCAGGUCCCUUUGCUGUUUGACGAAGCCUCCUGCAGUUUCUCCGAGCAAGAGUGGCGCAGCUUGGAUGAAGGGCAGAAGGACCUCUACCGGCACAUCAUGAAAUGCAACUACAAGGCCGUGGUCUCUAUGGGUAAGGAAGGGUCCACAUGGCGUGGCCAGGCAGAGCUCUCUGUGCGCCUGAGCCUUCAUCCACCAUGGCCCAGGGCCGUGCUAAGCGGACACAGCAUCAAUUCUCAGCCGACAUCUGACCAGGCUUCAGGGUGACGUGGGUGCAGAUCAGACGCACCAGAUAUAGGAAGCUGCUAGAUGCUGAUUCAGGCCAUGGGUUCAUCUUGCUCAGUUUUGCCUGUUCUGGCUCGUAGUAGCUCUCCAGGGUUUCAGACAGGAGUUGUUCUCAAGUCCUACCUGGAGAUGCCAGAAGUUGGACCUUCUGCAGGCAAACAGGUGAUCUGCUGAGGGGUCACGUGGACCCAGCAAAGAGUUCCUUAUCGGGUCUUCAGGUGAGCCAAGUUCUGUGCAGCAGGAGAAUGCCCAGAGCUCAGCUGGCUAGGCUGUCCUGCCAGGAAAUUCCUUCAGGUAGGAUGAUCAGUGGAACAUGUGCAGAGGAGGGCGGCCUGGAAACCAGGCCUUGCGAAGAGCAGUUGAGGGAGUUGGUAUGUUUAGCCUGGAUAAGAGGAGACUGAGAAGUGUCAUGAUAGCCAUCUCCAGAUACCUGAAGGACUUUCACAUGGAAGACGCAUCUUGUUUUCUGCUGCUCCAGGGGGUAGGAGCUGAACCAAUGGAUUAAAAAAACUAAGAAAGGAGAUUCUGGCCAAAUGUUAGGAAGAACUUUCCAAAGAUAAGAGCUGUUCUAUGAUGGAACAGACUAUCCUUGCAGGUUUCCAAACUGAGGUUGGAUAGCCAUCUGUCAGGGAUUCUUUAGCUUUGAUUCCCGCGUUACAUGGGGGUGGACUAGAUGACCCUUAGGAUUCCCUCCAAGUCUACAUACCAGUCAUUGAGUAUGUUCAUGGGAGUCCCAGAGCACCACCGCCCUGCCCCAGUGUCAUUCCCAAGGGAAAUUUAAAUAAAAGGAGAGCAGAUGAGAGGUUUGAUGUUGCUAAUAAGUUUUUGUUUCCCCCGCCACGCACAGACACUGCCAUCUCCAAACCUGACCUGCUCUCUCGGAUCGAGCAAGCGGAUGUCGCUGGUCGGGGGGAUGUCGAGGAAAGAGAAGCCCUGAAGGAGACCACCCUGGGUGAGUCGCAGAGUUGGCAACCCCCACCCCACCCCCGUCUGUGCUGUGCAGGGACAGCAGCUCAGGUCCACCCCUGAUGCUGAAGGGGACAAUUUACAGCUUGAGGCAAACAGCAAAAAGCUCUGAAAACCUGGUCAAGGAUACUUCACAACUGUUGCUCAUCCCACAUGGUGUUGGCUUUGCGAGAGUUACGUUCCUUGAGUUCUGAAGUUGAAUUCCGCCACCCAGCUCAGUGGCACAGAUAAAGCAGAUGUUGCUUCGCCCUCACGGCAUGCUCCUGCUUUCGUCACUCCACCACAAACUGGCCGCACACUUUUCCUCUUUUCUUUUGAAAUAAUUUUAUUUGGUUUUCAAGAACAGGUAAAUACAUAAGCAGAGGAAGUCAUCCGUUGAAUAAAGUAUGUCUGUACAGUUCCAUUGCACUGUUACGUUUCUCGUUCAGCAACUAAACACAGGACCGCUCUAACAGAUGAAUUAAUUAACUGAACGAAAACGAAAUCCCUCCCUCCCACACAACCAACAGACCCUUUGGUUACAAGUAUCAUAAGAAUAUCCCAUUACUUCUCAUCAGCUAACUGUAAAGAAAUAAGUAUCAGUUUACUUGCAAAUCAGAAGACAUACCAAAUUAUAUUAAAUCUACCAAAAGAGCGGGGAUGCUGGUGGCGCUGUGGGUUAAACCACAGAGCCUAGGACUUGCGGAUCAGAAGGUCAGCGGUUUGAAUCCCUGCGACAGGGUGAGCUCCCGUUUCUUGGUCCCUGCUCCUGCCCACCUAGCAGUUCCAAAGCACGUCAAAGUGCAAGUAGAUAAAUAGGUACCGCUUCAGCGGGAAGGUAAACUGCGUUUGUGUGCGCUGCUCUGGUUCGCCAGAAGCGGCUUAGUCAUGCUGGCCACAUGACACGGAAGCUGUACACAGGCUCCCUCGGCCAAUACAGUGGUGCCCCGCAAGACGAAUGCCUCGCAAGACGGAAAACUCGCUAGACGAAAGGGUUUUCCGUUUUUGAGCUGCUUCGCAAGACGAAUUUCCCUAUGGGCUUGCUUCGCAAGACGAACACGUCUUGCAAGUUUGUGUCCUUGUUCUUAACACCAUUAAUACAGUUGCGACUUGACUUGAGGAGCAACUCAUAGAACGCAGUGUACAUAGUAGCCUUUUUUGAGGUUUUUAAAGACUUUGGUGAUUUUUGAAGCUUUUCCAAAACUUCUUUGCAGCCAAGUUAAGCUUUUAAAACUUUUGGGGUUUUUGGAUUUUGGGUUGGGGUGUUUGGAAUUCAAGGACUUGGUGUUGGGGAGGGGUUUGCAAGAAUCUGGAAGCUUGUGUGUUUUUUUCUGCAUUUUUAUGAUUUUCUGUGACCAUUGGGCCACUCUGCUGUUUUUUUUAAAAAAAUCUGGAUUUGAAUUUCUGUGUGCUGGGUGGCUGGGGGAACAGUUGGGGAGGGGUUUGCAAGAAUCUGGGAGCUUGUGUGGUUUUUUCCUGCAUUUUUAUGAUUUUCUGUGACCAUUGGGCCACUCUGCUGUUUUUUUAAAAAAAUUCUGGAUUUGAAUUUCUGUGUGCUGGGUGGCUGGGGGAACUUUAUUUAUUUAUUUAUUUAUUUACGGCUAUUAGCCCAUAAAGUAUGUACAAACAUAAAAGCACAGAGGCAUAAAGACUAAUAUAUUCGGCACCAGAAGGUGAACACCAUGAUGCAGGGGUGGGUCAUUGAGCAGAGCCAGAUAACAGCUUGGGGCCCGGAGAGCUCCAAGGGACGGAUCCCAGAAAAGGAGAACUGAAGACGGGAUCCGACAUGCACUCUCUUCAAAACUGACCGAUUAGUUUUUGAUGUUGUUGUUUUUGGUGGUUUUUGUGUGUGAGAUAACUGCAUUCAGGAAUCUCGCCACCUGCAGAGUUACAGAAGGAUCUGUAUCCUGCAAAAGUAGUGCGGCAUGUGACUCAGCAGGCCUGCCAACCAAGCGCAGUAAAGCAGGGCCCAGGAAUUUAGUCCUGGCUAUGCUAUGUCGGGGACAGUUGAACAUUAUAUGUGAGAGAGAAUCAACAGUUUUCCCGUCACACACGCAUAGCGGAGACACCAAACCCUUGGAAAAUCUGUGGCUCAGCAGGUUCGAUGGAAAGACAUUGAACCUUGCACGAAUAAAUGCAUGUCGGUGUGGUACAGAUGAAAGAGAUGACAUGUAUGAUGGAAGGCCAAGUGGUGAGGUUAUUCCGUGAUACCUGGGGAGCAGACACCCUCACCCCGGCGAGGUUGUGUUGAUUUUCAAUGUCUGCUAAUCUCUGCUCAAUAAGUCUUUUGGCUGAGCGUAAGUUCAUCUUUAAGGAGUCCGCUGGGGAAAUUCCGAUGCUCAGAAGUUUGGCAUGGAUUUUUCCUACCCAUGGAUUGACAAAGUCGUCCCGCCAGAGGCACUGAAAAAGGUAAUGGUUGGGAAGCCUGUGCCAGCUGGACAGCCAAUAACCAAAGACUCGCUUCCAGAUGACCGUCUCCAAUGAUGCAAUCCUUAACUCCAGACGUAUGGCUGCGUUGCUCACACACAUGGGGAGUUUCAGGAGGCGACGGAGAAACUGAUUCUGCAAUGUCCCCAACGAUGUUAAAUUGGACCCUGGGGCCCAGAGCGGGGCAGCAUAACAGAGGGUGGAAACCACUUUUGCAUGGUACACCUUCAAUGCAGAAGGGAUGUGGGAGGCUCCGUCGGCCGCAAAAAAUUGGAGUAGAGUAUAAAGUAUUGUGGCUGGGGGAACAGUUGGGGAGGGGUCUGCAAGAAUCUGGGAGCUUGUGUGGUUUUUUCCUGCAUUUUUAUGAUUUUCUGUGACCAUUGGGCCACUCUGCUGUUUUUUUUAAAAAAAUUCUGGAUUUGAAUUUCUGUGUGCUGGGUGGCUGGGGGAACAGUUGGGGAGGGGUCUGCAAGAAUCUGGGAGCUUGUGUGGUUUUUUCCUGCAUUUUUAUGAUUUUCUGUGACCAUUGGGCCACUCUGCUGUUUUUUAAAAAAAAUUCUGGAUUUGAAUUUCUGUGUGCUGGGUGGCUGGGGGGAACAGUUGGGGAGGGGUCUGCAAGAAUCUGGAAGCUUGUGUGGUUUUUUCUGCAUUUUUAUGAUUUUCUGUGACCACUGGGCCACUCUGCUGUUUUUAAAAAAAUUUCUGGAUUUGAAUUUCUGUGUGCUGGGUGACUGGGGAACAGUUGGGGAGGGGUUUGCAGCAGUUGGGGAGGGGCUGGGGGAACAGUUGGGGAGGGGUUUGCAACAGUUGGGGAGGUUGUUGUACCAAAUUUGGCUUUGUUUGGACUUUUUUGACCAUAGGAACGCAUUAAUUGAUUUUCAAUGCAUUCCUAUGGGAAUUCGUGAUUUGCAAGACGAAAAAUUCGCAAGACGAAAAAACUCGCGGAACGAAUUAAUUUCGUCUUGCGAGGCACCACUGUAAAGCGAGAUGAGCGCCGCAACCCCAGAGUCGGCCACGACUGGACCUAAUGAUCAGGGGUCCCUUUACCAAAAGAGCAGCUUACACCAAAUGUCCUGCUGGCCACACACAGUGACUUUCAAGUCACUGUUUACAGCCAUUAGGACUAGGAACUCUCUGGGUGUUUUCCUCCUCAUGCUUCCCUGUCCCAAAGAAAGUGGAGAUUCUCAAAUGAUGGUAUUCUAUGCUCAGAGCAACAUGGUCCUGUGCUUGUAUGGAUUUGCUUAAUUCACACAACCCUUGAAUCAAUGAAGGAGGCAGACAGGAGGAGUCUGUACAUCAGUGCUAGAGAGGCGGGGGUGGACAGUGUAGCUCGUCCUUGCAUCAUCUCAGCUCGGGUGGCCUUUUGCAGACCUGUCCUAAAUGUGUCACUGGUGGUGAAUGGCUGCUGUACCUUCUUCCCUCCUCUCCGAAACAGGCUCUCCGAUUUCCGCCCUCAACGACAGCUCCUGGAUGGAGCCGGAGGAAAUGUCCCUGGUCAAAAGCAUGGGCGACUUGGAGGAGAGCGAAAUCCCCGGGGAUCCCGCCAUGAGUAAGUUGGAGCGGCCUAAGGGGGCGGGAUCCUCUCCCUCCUGCACAAGGCUGGGAGGAAGUAGGAGGGAGAAGGAGAACAUUGCCAGGGGAGGAGGGGGCCCGUGAAGAGUCUAGAAUCUUUGACUAGGGGAAUGGGGCUGCUCUUGAGACUUGGGCUUAUGUGCUUGAGUUAUUUGGAGCUGUCUGUGCUGUUUGUAAUCUGUCGGGAGCUGCCCAGAGCUGCCGUAUGGGCAGGGUAUAAAUAAUAAAUUAUUAUUAUUAUGUUGUUGUUGUUGUUGUUGUUGGCAAGGCUCGGGGUGAUUUGUGGAGAACUGGCCAUUUCUCAUAGGAGUGGGUUUCUUUGACAACAAAGAGUUAACCCUCUGACAAAGUGCAUUCCUUUGGAAGUGCCCUUGACAGUUGGCACCUUUAUUAUUAUUAUUAUUAUUAUUAUUAUUAUUAUUAUUAUAUCCCCCUUUCAUCUUCACAGGGUGGUUUACACUAUAAAUCACAAAACUGCAUAACAUGAUAACAAACAAAACAACCCCCCCUUGCAGUUUGAAACAUCAUUGAAUUGUAAAAUCAUAAAAAUACAGACAGACGAAAUGUCCAAGCACCAAAUCAAAUUAAUCCUCUAAUAGCUCUUGACGAAUCAGAAACAUUUUCAGUGGGAGAUGAAAUAUCAAAAUUGCGGUUGCCUGUCUGAUUUCAUUUUGCUAAUUUUUGAGGAGGUUUGUUUUUUAAGGGAUGCUCUCAUUGCAUCCCAUAGGAGGCGGUUAUAUUGUCUGCAUCAUUUUCUUCAAAGUAGAUUUUUGGAGAGUUUUUGUGAGACUUUCUCUAAUCUGUUUAUUUGCAGUUGGGAUGGGACUGAAGGACCAUGAAGGGGUGGUUUGGGUUCCUUCUCCCAUUUUAAGGGCAACUUCUACUGGGGCGUGAUCUGUGAUUUUAAUAAUAAUAAUAAUAAUUUAUUAUUUAUACCCUGCCCAUCUGGCUGGGUUUCCCCAGCCACUCUGGGCGGCUUCCAACAGAACACUAAAAUACAAUAACCUAUUAAACAUUAAAAGCUUCCCUAAACAGGGCUGCCUUCAGAUGUCUUCUAAAAGUUUGGUAAUUAUUUUUCUCUUUGACAUCUGGUGGGAGGGCGUUCCACAGGGCAGGUGCCACUACCGAGAAGGUCCUCUGCCUGGUUCCCUGUAACUUGGCUUCUCGCAGGGAGGGAACCGCCAGAAGGCCCUUGGUGCUGGACCUCAGUGUCCGGGCAGAACGAUGGGGGUGGAGACGCUCCUUCAGGUAUACAGGACCGAGGCCAUUUAGGGCUUUAAAGGUCAGCACCAACACUUUGAAUUGUGCUCGGAAAUGUACUGUUACCUAUGUUCGUUGAUUCAACCAAGGGGACACCUGUCUGAUUUCAUUUUGCUAAUUUUUGAGGAGGUUUGUUUUUUAAGGGAUGCUCUCAUUGCAUCCCAUAGGAGGGGGGGUUAUGUUGUCUGCACCAUUUUCGUCGAAGUAGAUUUUUGGAGAGUUUUUGUGAGACUCUCUCUAAUCUGUUUAUUUGUGGUUAGGAUGGGACUGAAGGAUCAUGAAGGGGUGGUUUGGGUUCCUUCUCCCAUUUUAAGGGCAACUUCUACUGGGGCGUGACCUGUGAUUUUAAUGUUACCUAUGUUCGUUGAUUCAACCAAGGGGAUGCCUGUCUGAUUUCAUAUGCUACUAACCUGCCUCUUUCCCCCCUUUGGCCAGGUACUCCGCAGCUCUUGGAAGAAGACCCCGAAAGCUUGGAGCUCCCUGGCAUGUUUCCCCGGAAGUGGACGGAAGUCUUCCAGGGCCCGGGCGAGGAACUGCUCUGCGAGAGCCACCCCAUUUCGGUGGCGCCUGCAAGGAAGCCCCCAGGGAGCAGCCUGAGGCGGUCGGCUCGCUGCGUGGCUGAGUCGAGGAAAGAGGACCCCUCCUCUGCGCUGGAGGCCGAGGCCCACACUGGGCCCUACAUCUGCUGCGAGUGUGGGGAAGGCUUCCUAGACAAGCAGCUCUUCACCACUCACCAGAAGACCCACGACGGAGGAGGGAGCUAUCCGGCGAUGGACCCCGGAGGAGGAGGGGGCCUGAAGCUGAAGCCGAGCCCCUUACCUCUCCAGAGGGCCCCGACGCCAGCGCGCCCCAAGCCCCCGAAACGCCCUGAACCCCAGAGGAGCCCCGCCCUCAAGCCCAGCACCGGGAAGCGCCCCGGGAACCACAUGGUGGAGCGCCCCUACACCUGCACGCAGUGCAAGGAGAGCUUCAAACUGGAGGUGAGCCUUCUUCUCCACCAGAAGCUGCACACAGGGAAGGGCGACGGGCCGCUGACGUGCACCUACUGCGGCAAGGACUUCCGGGACCUCUCCAAGGCCGUCCGGCACCAGCGCAUCCACACGGGCGAGAGGCCCUAUCAGUGCACAGAGUGCGGGAAGAGCUUCAUCCGCCGGGAUCACCUCCUCAAGCACUGGCGCGUCCACACCGGGGAGACGCCCUAUCAGUGCGCCACCUGCGGGAAGAACUUCCGCUACAAGGAGUCCCUGAACUGCCACCAGAAAAUCCACACCCGCAACCCCGCAGCGCACCACCUGGGGCUGGGGGCGCAGGCCGGCCUGGUGGCCUUGAAGCAAGAGCAACCCUAGUGACGGCCCCGUCCCCAAAGCCCUCUGCUUCUGGCCGGCGUCGGCCGUGCCCCGCAUGCUGAAGAACAGCUGCCCCCCUCCCUCCCGGUUUGCCCCCCAAGUGUCCCAGGGCAUGCCGGGACGUUGGGGGGGGGCUCCCUCUCGUGGACCAUCAGAGCAUCGCUUACCCUUCCUGCGCUGUGCCGGGGGUGAGCGCAAGGCUGAGACAUCGUACUCCGAGCCCUGCUUCCGCCUGGGUGGGCCACAGAUAACGGCACUUAGGCAGUCUUUCCUGCCGCGCUCCCGCCGUUCGUGGAGAACUGGCUCUCUGCGGUUUUUCCUGUGAAGAUGGGGCAACCAGGUAUUCACCGCUUCUCCCUUCUUGCCCACAGGGACCCAGAAUCUCAAAGACAUUCUUCCGUCUCGUCACUGUGUGAGCCCUCCUUGAGGCUGAUGUUUGUGUUCUUCCUCCCUCCCUCUCUCUCUCGCACACACACACCACACGAUGAGCUUCCGGAAGCGGGAAGGUGGACCCGCCGGAGGCCAGGCCACACUUCAUCAAAUAGUCUAGGGGCGAGCUUCCUGCCUGCCCCCCUAACCUACUCCCCAUUGGGCGCCCUGCCCGUUAAGCACCUUCGUGGAGCCCAUUCGAAACCAUCCUUUCCCAGUUAGUUGUUGUCAGUAAAGGUGUGUGGGUUUUUGAGGUUGUCUUUGUUUUAAUUUCUCAAACUGCAUCUGGUCACACUCCAAGGCUGUUUGUAUGAGUCAAGAGCAGCUUCGACCAGGAUUCUGGUUGUUAUAACCCAACGCCAAGAGCUCAUGUACUGUUGUUUUGCCGUAUGAAGUUCCCGCAGGACUUGCCGCCUGUCCCAUAACUGUCUCCUAGUUCUUCCUCUCUCACCCCAAAGGUAUCUGGAGAACUGCCGUCCCCUGUUGUCUUGCUGUUAUAUUGCUGUUAUAUUAUUAUUAUUAUUAUUAUUAUUAUUAUUAUUAUUAUUAUAUUUUUUACAGAAGGCAUCUUUGUAAAUAUUGGUUGAAUUAUAUAUAUACAUAUAUAUAUAUAUAUGAAUUUCAGUGUCGUUAAGCUAAAUGUCAGCUGAGGUGACUGUAACAAGCCAGCUAUUCCUCCGUGUGACGUCGGGUGUUUUGUCUGUGGCUGCGUUUUCUUGGGGUUUUUUGUAACACCUUCUUUUGCAAAAUAUGUCAAUACAGUGUGUCUCUCUUCCGAA